AUGAGUGUGCCGCUCUCCCUGCGGUCAGCGCUGGGGGCGUGUCGGGCGGCUCCCAGCGCGCACGUAGUAAAAUCGCUUUUCUCAAAACGUCCAGUGACUCAGCUUCACUUGCCGUACCUGGGAAGCCAGCGCAAUAAUCGCGAACCGAUCUCCUUUCCGAAGCCCCUAACCGCUAAACGGCACACGAGCAGCGCUUCCUCUCCCUCGCCGGUCCCCGCUGUCCCCUACUCUGCCCUCACGGUUGGCGUGCCUCGAGAAACAUAUCCGAACGAACGUCGCGUCGCCCUCACACCUCAGAAUGUCGCUCUGUUGCGCAAGAAGGGUUUCUCGCGCGUUUUGGUCGAGCGUGGUGCUGGCGAGGAAGCCCAGCUGCUUGAUCAAGCAUACGAGGAAGCCGGAGCGACCUUGGUCGAUCCAUCUGCUAUAUGGUCCGAGAGCGAUAUCGUCUUGAAAGUCCGCAGUCCACGACAGGAUGGCCCCGUCAACGAAAUCAACGCGCUCCGUCAGGGCACGACCGUCAUCUCGUUUUUGUAUCCCGCCCAGAACAAGCCGCUAGUGGAAAGCCUUGCGUCGCGCGGUGUCACCGCAUUUGCGAUGGAUAUGGUUCCGCGGAUCUCGCGUGCACAGACAUUUGAUGCGUUGAGUUCCAUGGCCAACAUUGCGGGAUACAAGGCUGUUUUAGAAGCUUCGAACCAUUUCGGUCGUUUCUUGACGGGUCAAGUAACCGCUGCUGGUAAAGUUUUAGUCAUUGGAGCUGGUGUAGCUGGCUUGAGUGCCAUUGCCUCGGCCCGUCGACUAGGCGCGAUUGUUCGUGGUUUUGAUACUCGUCCUGCAGUCCGUGAGCAAGUCCAGUCUCUAGGCGCCGAGUUCAUCGAAGUAGACAUGCAUGAGGAUGGUUCCGGGCAGGGUGGAUAUGCCAAGGAAAUGUCCAAGGAAUUCAUCGAAGCGGAAAUGAAGCUGUUCAUGGAACAGGCCCGCGAAGUGGACAUCAUCAUCACGACCGCCCUGAUUCCUGGAAAGCCUGCUCCGAAGCUUAUCACAAAAGAGAUGAUUGCUGCUAUGAAACCGGGCUCCGUGGUCGUCGAUCUUGCAGCAGAAGCCGGUGGCAACUGCGAAGCAACGAUUCCGGGACAGCUGACAACAUACAAGGAUGUAACUGUUAUUGGAUAUACCGAUUUCCCGUCCCGUUUACCCACGCAAUCCUCUACUUUGUACUCCAACAACGUCACCAAGUACCUUCUGUCAAUGGCGCCACAGGAAAAGUCGUUUGGCAUUGACCUUACCGAUGAAGUAGUGCGCGGGUCUAUUGUCACACUCAAUGGUGAAGUCUUACCCCCGGCGCCUCGCCCAGCCCCUCCGCCGGCCCCGAAAAUUGAAGCAGCUCCGGCAAAGGAACAGGCAGUGGUAGCUCUGACCCCCUGGCAAAAGGCAACGCGAGAUGUAACCACUGUGACAGCUAGCUUGGGAUCUGCUCUCGCCCUAGGCAAAGCAACCGGUCCUGUCUUUAUGAGCAACAUGAUGACAUUCGGCCUUGCUGGUUUGGUUGGCUACCGUGCUGUGUGGGGUGUUGCGCCGGCGCUUCAUUCCCCUUUGAUGAGCGUCACCAAUGCAAUCUCAGGUAUGGUCGGUAUUGGUGGUUUCUUCAUCAUGGGUGGCGGGUAUGUUCCUACCACGAUCCCGGAGUGCCUUGGAGCAGCGUCCGUGCUAUUGGCAUUUAUGAAUGUGUCGGGAGGAUUUGUUAUAACCAAGCGCAUGCUGGAUAUGUUCAAGCGUCCCACCGAUCCCCCUGAGUAUCCAUGGCUCUAUGCGAUACCCGCCGUGGUUUUCGGUGGAGGGUUCCUCGCCGCUGCCAGCACUGGGAUGGCUGGCUUAGUACAGGCUGGGUAUCUCGUCAGUAGUCUGCUGUGCAUGGGCUCCAUUUCCGGUCUUGCAUCUCAGCAGACCGCCCGCCGAGGUAACAUACUCGGUAUACUGGGUGUGGUGUCUGGAAUUCUGGCUUCUCUUGCGGCAGCGGGCUUUUCGCCCGAAACAUUGACCCAAUUCGGCGCUGUUGCUGGUACAGGAGCACUUGUUGGAACAUUGAUUGGACGCCGCAUCACACCGACCGGGCUCCCUCAGACAGUCGCGGCUCUCCAUUCGGUGGUGGGAUUGGCUGCUGUCCUUACCAGCAUCGGCAGUGUCCUAGCUGAUAUCAGUCAUAUUUCUACGCUACAUAUGGUAACUGCCUAUUUUGGCGUUCUGAUCGGCGGCGUAACCUUCACUGGUUCGAUCGUGGCUUUCCUGAAACUGGCAGGUCGGAUGUCUUCACGGCCAACUAUUCUCCCCGGACGACACGUAAUCAAUUCAACGUUACUGGGCGGCAAUAUAGCUACUAUGGGUGCUUUUGUAACCAUGGCUCCAGCAAAUCCGGUCAUUGCCGCUACAUGCUUGGGUGCGAACACAGCGCUCAGCUUUUUGAAGGGUUACACUACAACAGCUGCCAUUGGAGGAGCUGAUAUGCCCGUCGUCAUCACGGUCCUCAACGCGUAUUCCGGGUUUGCCCUGGUCGCUGAAGGACUCAUGCUGAACAACCCGCUUCUUACGAGCGUCGGUUCCUUGAUCGGAGUUAGCGGUUCAAUUCUGUCCUAUAUCAUGUGCGUCGCCAUGAACCGAUCCCUCACCAACGUGCUAUUCGGUGGAAUCGCAGCACCGCAGCAAGCAAAGAAGAUCGAAGGUCAAGUCACACAGGCUACUGUUGAUGACACGGUCGAGACGUUGUCGAACGCAGAGAACGUCGUCAUUGUCGUUGGGUACGGCAUGGCGGUGGCCAAAGCACAGUAUGCGCUCGCCGAGAUAGUGCAUAUGUUGCGUGCCAGAGGAAUCAAUGUCCGCUUUGCAAUUCACCCGGUCGCUGGGCGUAUGCCGGGACAAUGCAACGUGCUUCUCGCAGAGGCAUCGGUUCCUUAUGACAUCGUUCUGGAAAUGGACGAGAUCAACGACGAUUUCUCCGAUACCGACGUGACCCUAGUCAUCGGAGCUAACGACACCGUCAACCCGAGCGCCUUGGAGCCGGAUUCGCCAAUCUCGGGCAUGCCUGUGCUGCAGGCCUGGAAGAGCAAGGAAGUGAUUGUGAUGAAACGGGGAAUGUCUAGCGGAUAUGCGGACGUACCCAACCCGAUGUUCUACAUGCCCGGAACAAAGAUGUUAUUCGGCGAUGCGAAGACUUCAUGCGAUGCCAUUAAAGCGAAUCUCGAAGCGCGGAAAUAG